GCAGCGGUAUAUUUCGUGGCCUCAGUCGCGGUCACACUACUCCUCUGCCAACAACAACUCGCUGCGGUUUUUCGGCCGAGUUUGUUUUCUGCUCCCAAUUCCGCUGCAAAGGAAAAAGUGAAAAGCUAGCGAAAAAUAUGCAGCAUGUGAGGCAUCGCCAGUUGCAUUUAUAGUCCAAGCAUUGCAUCGAAAAAAAGUCGCGGAAAGCUCGUGCGAAUUGCAGGUGAAUUGUGUGACGGAAAAAAGUGCUGCAAGUGAAGAGAAACAUUGCUGCUGCAGCAGUUGUGCGUGAGAGUGUGAGUGAGUGAGCAAGUGAGUGUCGCAUCUCUGUCGCUCUCCCUGGACGCGAUUUCCGUGGCCCAAAGAGAUUUCGCCCAAAGGAGAUUCCCGAAUCCGGAGCAACCGAAAUAGCGCAACGAGAUGAUGCUGAAGGCGAUGACGACAACGACUACGAAGGCGCUGCUAACGAAGCAGAUGAUGUAAACGCUGCAAACGCUGCCACAGCCAUAUCCCCUUUCUCUUCUCUUUCUCUGUCGCUCGGCCACUCUCCACAAACGAAACGAAAGCGAAAACCCAGGAGGGAAACUCAACUCGAGAAGCGAGAAACCAAAGCCCACGACUGCCGCAUUGGAUUUCGUUUCGUCCGAAAUCGAAACUGCAUUCUUUUGGACACUCGACGCAUUCAUACUAAACUGACACAUAUCGGGCAACGUUCGUAUCGAACAUGAGAUUGCCACGGUGCCAUUCGGUGCUCCUGCUCCUGGCCAUAGCAGCACAUCUAGUGCUCGCCGAGCGGGACUUCAAUGUGAACGACUCCCAGGUUCCUGUCAUUGAGCCCAAGGAUGUGCCCGCCUACAAGCAGGAUCCGUAUGUCACGGAAUUAAUGAGCUGCCAAAAUACACACAGCGAGAUCGUGCUCUCGUUGCUGUUGAAGAAGCACGACUGGAGCGAGCUGACGGCCACCAAGCGAGCCCAUGUUCAGGCCAAGCUGGCCAAGUUCUUUGCCAUCCCAAAGGAAUUCAUUUCCCUGGAUUCGGUGUCGAAGCGUGAGCUGAAGAUCAUGCACAAGCUGGCCAUGCGAAAGGGAGGCAAGGGCAACAAGAAUAUCGAGACCCUGAAUCGCCGUCUAGGACGCGCCAGUUUCAUGAUCGGCUGUGGUCCAAGCUAUUUUGUGAUGGGUGAACCGAUUGCUAAGCAGAUUGCCCACCAGGUGAAGGACGGCACUAUUGGUGCUCUGACGGAGGAGAACUUUGGCCUUUGGUUUAUUUGGCGAAAGGAAUUGAAGUCGCGAUCGAACCGCAAGCGACGCCAGUCUGAGGGUUCUGGUGCUGACGAGGAUGACUACGACUACGGAGAUGACGAAGAGGAAGUUGCAGAGCCCAGCACGGAAGUUCCGGCGGUGACCACGCAUGCGCAUCGUCAUCAUCAUGGAGCGUCGGAGGUGUCGCCCGAGUCUAUCUCCUCGUCGGCCGUGCCAUUGGUGCCGAAUGUCCAAGAGGAGAUCGAGGAGAGCGUAUCCAAGCUGGAGUCGGUGAUCAGCAAGACGAUUGAGAACACGAAGAAUAUCAAGGAGCUGCCCGUUCUGGGCGUAGCCGAGGAUGGUGACGACGAGGAGGACGUGGAGUUACAGCAGUUGGGAGUUCCGCUGGCAGUAGAGAUACCGCAGGAGGAGACCACCAGCAAGGCGGCCACGACCACGACGUCGUCUUCGGAGAUGGUAAAGCCCAGUUACUUGGAGGAGAAUGCAAUUCAGGUGGACUCGGCCGUCGAUGUGGAGGAGGAGGCCUUGGCUCCCACGCUGGCGCCAUCGGUGCCCGCCUCUGAAACAGAACAUAAGCAGCAGCCAUUCUCGCCCUAUGAUGCCACCUCUUCGGUGUCGUCGUCGUCCAUUGCAGCUGGCGAGGCUUCGUCCUCGGUGCCCUCGUUCCCUCAUACCUCCUCCUCCUUGCCCACAGCCACGCCCACAGAGCUAGACAUCCAAACAACCUCCUCUGCUGCUGCUGCUGUAUCAUCAUCAUCUCCAUCUCCAUCCGCCCCAUCAUCAUCCCCAUCCUCAUCCACAUCUCCAUCCCAGGCCACUCAACCAACAACAACAACUACAUCUACAAGCACUACAGCAACAAUCUCGACUACAACAUCAGCAACAUCAACAGCAACAACAACCACGACACUGUCUGAAUCGCCAAAGCCAAAUACAAUGCUUAACGAGUUCGAGCUGAGCACCCUGCUGCCCCUUGAGGAUUUGGAGGGUUUGGCAGCAGCAGCCACGCCAACUGCCAAUGCAACUGCAACUGCAGCCACAGUAGAUGGAGCAGCAGCAGCAACCGCCGCCACAUCAGCAGCAGAAGCCACAAGCGAGAGCGAGUUUCAUGUAGAGUCCACCACGCACCGCACGAUUAGCUCGAAGGAAGGAGAACCCGAUGCCAUCAGUAGCAGUAGCGGCAGCAGUAGCAACAUGAGCGCCGGAUUGGCCAAUAACGAGCUGUCCACGGCGGCCACGCCCUCUUCCUCGGUGCCCACGACUACAGCGGCCACUCCGGACUCGAGUAGCAGCAGCAGCUUCAGCUCCCCGGACUACUUGGAACCACAGCCGGAGGAGAAUAGUCCCCCGAUUAUUAAGACUCGCCUGCAGAAGCUGGCGGUGACCUCUGGCAAGGCUUUCACCUUCCACGUGCUCCCGGAUACGUUCGUCGAUGCCGAGGACCAGGACAAUUUGAGGCUGGCGCUUACGGACAAGGAUGGCCAUGAACUGAAGGCCAGCUCCUGGCUGCAGUUCAACGCCGACAAAAAGGAGCUGUACGGCCUACCCCUGGACGAUGCGGUGUCCCGUUGGCAGUACCGGCUCUCGGCCACUGACUCCGGCAACGCCAGCGUCACCGAGACGGUGGAGAUCAGUGUGCAGCAGCAUCGGGCGGUGAGGACGAUUAACCACGAGAUAACCAUUGCGGUGAGGAUCAAUGAGAACCUGCAUGGCCACAACAUCGACUGGCUGCUGAAGCUGAUCAAUGCCGUGGCCAGGACACUGGAUGACUCUAACAACGCGGCGUUAGUGGUGCGCGAAGUUCGCCAGACGGCGCAGGAUCCUCACAGCGCCACCUUUGUCUACUUCAACGAGACGCUGCCGACCAGCGAGUGUCCCGAAAAGGAACUGCACGACAUUAUUGCCAGGCUGGAUGCCCAACGAUUGAGCGACUUGGUGGAGCCAACUCUGGGCAUCAAGUCCAUAACCGGGCAGCUGAUCGGAUCCUGCCAGAAGGACCUGACCCGCGUGAAGCCCACCCAGCACAUGGCUAAGAAUGUGCCGCCGAUGCCGCGGAACCAGGUGGAUCGCGUCAACGCCAGCGUAGGCCAGCUGCUGGUGUUCAAGGUGCCGGCGGACACCUUCUACGAUGCCAAUGACAAUCAACUGACGCUCACGCUGAAGACCAAGGACCACAAGGAGCUGGGCACGCGGCACUGGCUUCAGUUUGACUCGAAGAACGAGGAGUUCUACGGAAUUCCCAAGGGCGGCGACAUCGGCUCCGAAGAGUAUCUGUUGGUGGCCGAGGAUAGCGGCGGCCUGAGCGCCCACGAUGCCCUCGUUGUGGUGGUCAAUCAUGCGCCCAAAAAAGAGUUCGCGGGCUACUUUAAGGCCUAUCUGGCCAUCAGGCACGAGAACUUCAAUGCCGAGCUGCAGCGCAAAUUUGUGGAGCGUGUGGCGAAGCUGCAUGGCGAUGCCAACACCAACCAGAUCCAGAUCCGAUCCAUCAACAUGCACCACGACUCAGACGGCACCAUUGUGAACUUCUACAACACAUCGCUGUACAAGUCGCACAACCGGUGUCCCGAGAAGGAGCUGAUAGCCACCAGGAGCGUUUACCUGAACAGCGAUAUGAGCUUGAAGGAGGGCGUGAAGCGGGCAUUGGGCCCCGAGCUGAAUUUGACCAACUUUUCGGCGGUGCCCGGCACCAAUUGUCAUCAUCCCGAGAUAAUAGACAUCCACCACAAUGACUAUGUACCAUCUCGUCCCGAAGAGCCCAGCUCAAAGUCCACAUUCAGCGAGGAAUACAUGGCCAACAUUGUGCUGCCCGCCGUGAUUAUAAUCGUGAUGAUUAUAGUGGCCUCCAUCAUUGCCUGCUGCCUGCACAGGCGUCGCCACAAGAGCGGCAAAAUGGAGCUGGGCGACGAAGAAGAGCGUAAAUCCUUCCGUGCCAAGGGCAUACCCGUCAUCUUCCAGGACGAGUACGAGGAGAAGCCCGAGAUCGGCAACAAGAGCCCCGUCAUACUUAAAGACGAGAAGCCGCCGCUGCUGCCACCGUCCUACAAUACCUCAAACAUGAAUGGCGACAACGAUGUGGAUGAUUAUGUGCCGCCUCCAUCUGUUGUCGUGGGCGGUCGGGAGGUGCGAGGGAAGUCACCGGCCACGCCCUCCUACCGCAAGCCACCGCCAUAUGUGUCGCCAUAAAUAUACUUCAGUGUCAAGUAGAGGAGCAAUGAGCAGAAGGAACGAGAAGAAACAGCAACAAUAAUAACAAUCGCAUCGUAUUAACCACACAACAAUCUAUAUAUAGAUAUAUACAUACAUAUAUAUAUAUAUAUAUACAUUUAACCGAUUCGGCACAAGUUAUAUGCAGCUAAGCAAACUCUUUUGUAUAUAUCAAAGUGCAAAUUGGUUUCUUUGGACAUUGUAUUCGAAUUGAAAAGGGGGAAAAAGCGAGAGCCCCAGCCGAGAAGUAUUCGCCAAGCCGAUGGAGUAAGGAGUUUUUUGGAUGACGACGUUUUUGUAUUAGGAAGGAAACAAUCAAUUAACACACACACACCUAAGCUUAACCGAGAAUCACUAAACACACGACAAGACGAUGAUGAACUAUGCUGCAUAUUAUUUAUUUAGUAUGUACUCCUAAUUUAUAUAUAUAUCUAUGUAUACCAAGCGAGAACACACAAAACACACACAUCAAGAAGAGGAGUUUAGUAGGCAAGCAUUUAGGCAGCUUGAAAAACACACAAAACACACAUACACGAGCCCAUUUAAAGCAUAGCAUUUAAAACUAUUUGUACUAAUUAAGUUAAUAGAGAGAGAGAGAGGGAGAGAGGAAUGUCCUUUGUCCGGAUUUUAGUGCUUGCCGGACUUUCUGCUUAAAUUGCUUAAGCUGAAUUGUUUGCAUUGUUUAUAUUUCAUCAAAAAUUUUAAGGAAAUUUACGAACAAAAGCUUCGCCUGGGACCGCCCAGUCAAGGCUACGUACUUGCUGCUGGUUGGCUUCCCAUUCGUUUGGGUAUUUUAGUUUCUUUUUUCGAGGGACAAAGGACAGGCUUAGGAGCUUUGAUUAUUUUUAGUUUCUAGGAAGCAAUCAAACCCACAAUAGAGCUGCCAAUAGUCUAGUUAGCCCGUUUGAAUACGACAAAUCAAUUCCUAAUUGCCCACAAGUGCUUCCCACAGAAUAAACAAACAAACCAACAAAAAACCAGACCAUAUCCACCAAACACAACACAACAAAACACUCACAUACACAAAUAUUUAUACGAAAAAAUGGAUUACUUAAAGUAGAAACUUAGUUUUUAAUGAUUUUUACACACUCCCUUUGGAUUAUUCUACAUGAAAUUUAUACCAAUACCAUUAGUUUAUAGUUGCUAGCUGUAGGUCGGUACUUACUACACUUCACUACACCCGUCCCGUCCCGUCCCUGUCCCUGGCCUCCCCUGAAGUAAACAUAGUGAGUUGAUUUUAUACGAUCGUGUGUAGCAAGUCCAGGCCCAAAAAAAAUAUACACAAGAGCAAUAAUUGCCGAAGGAGAAUUACUGAAGAAUUACUUUACGCAAAUGGCCGAAUAUGCAGAGCCAAUUUUUACGUAAUUGCCUAUUAAACUAAGUAUAAUUAACUAAUUUGUGUAAUUUGCAUUAAGCUCAACCGCUGAAUUAUUUACAUUUUGUACUUUGUAAUAGCGCAAAACAGCAGAAACAACAGCAAUAACAUCAAACAAACAAACAAACAAACAACAACAACGGUAUCAAUUUA